AAUCCUCAGUCCUCAGUAGGCCCCCACUUCCCACAGUGCAGCAGAGUCGACCAACAUACCAUAUCUUUGCUCGACUGCUACUGUAACCGUAUCUCUCAAAACAAAACAAAACAAAACUCCACCACCGCCACCGACCGCACCAGCUCUCUCUCAUCGGGCAAAAUAGUAGAUUGCAGCUACCGGAAUUUUAUCAUCCCUAUAAAUGGACCUGGAGAACCAGCAGCAAGGCUUGCUUCUUCUUCAGAAUGGCCACAGCAGCAGCACCAGCAGCUCCAACAAUAACACAAGGGCCCCCACCAAUAUAGCCACCAUAUUCUCCAGACUGACCUCCGCCACCUUGAACCACCACAGGAUUUUCUUCAAUGAUUACGAUGAUGAUGAUGAUGAGGAGGAGGAGGAGAGGGAGGAGAACGAGGAUGACCGUGGCCGUGGCCCAUCACUCCCAGUAGGCCAAGAAUGUCCAUUCUCGAGGCCCUUCGUGAUUCUUGAUUUGAUAUGGAACUUGGGGUUUGUGUUGGUGGCUGCCUUUGUGCUUUUGACUACCGUCACCGAGAGACCCACCACCCCUUUAAGGCUUUGGAUUGGUGGCUAUGCUCUGCAGUGCCUCUUGCAUGUGGGCUUUGUUUGGCUUCACUCUCAAAGCAGCCAUUUUUACAUUCAUCAUUUCCAUGCCUUUCAUCCAUUUUCUCUCCUUUGUCGCCGAGGUUUUGUCAAGAGGCUGGAGUCUAUCAACACAGUUAUUUCAUCCGUCUGGUGGGUGUUUGGAUUCUAUUGGAUAUAUAUGGGUGGAAAGGCACUUUUGCAAGAUUCGCCCCGUCUCUACUGGUUAUCAGUGGUUUUUCUGGCUUUCGAUGUAUUCUUCAUGAUAUUUUGCAUUGCAAUGGCGUUCAUUUUUUUUGUAUUGCUGGCAUGUUGCUUCCCAAUAUUGGCAAGGGUUGCACAUGCUAUGACAGUUGGGGAAGGAGCUUCUGAAAAUGAUAUAAGGACUCUUCCCAAGUAUAGAUAUUGCCUUCCUAAUGCUGCAGGGACUAUCAAUUCUUGUAGAAAGCGAGAAGAAGCUGCUUUACUAGCUCACCUGGGCAGCGGCAACAUCCCUGAGCUUGCCCUCAGUUUGGAGGAUUCUGAAUGCUGCAUAUGCCUUCAUGGCUAUGAGGAUGGAGUGGAGGUGUGCACUCUCCCCUGCAACCACCAUUUUCAUUACCGAUGCAUCCGCAGAUGGCUGCGAAUUAAUGCAACCUGUCCUCUCUGCAAAUUCAACAUUCUUCAAGGUGAAAUGUUGGUCUGACAAAAAGGAAACUUGGAAAGGAAAAAAGGUGUACAAUGUGUAGGAACCAAUCAUUUUGAGACAAGCAGCACCAAGGAAAUCGGGAUGCUAGAUCUAAGUAUUGUCGUAAUGCAAAUUGGCUGCUGGCAAAUGUACAGAAGGAAAAAGAAGUCAUCGACUAUCUGUGUCCAACUUCUUGUUCUCGUUGUGCAGGUUCUUUUUUUUUUUUUUUUGGCAUUCUACAUGGACAAUUUAGGCCGUGGGAAGUGAAAGGUUGUUAGGUCCUGCCUCCCUCCCCUAAUAGCAAUUCUCUCUAGAAUAUAAAGCUGACCGGUAAGUUGGUUUACUUAAUAACAAUCCGUCAAGGCUUUGUCUGGUGGUUCAGGAUACAUUAAUCCUUGGAACAUAUCAGGCAAACUUGACAUACUCGACAUUGACCUGAUGAGAGUUGGCCAAAAGUGGUAAAACACAUGGAAAGAUAAAGAAACAAAUCAAAGCGGUUAAAACUUCCGUUCUGGAUGUAAGUUGACGUGGAGAAGAGUGGAAUGAACGGAAGAGUGGGAAUGAUGGGACAGAGGCGCCAUUGUCUUAACGCUGAAAAAAUGUGAAGAAGCAUUAGUACGGGUCUGACGUUGAAAGAAACCGGUGAAGGAGGAAGGCGAAAAGUAAAGGUGCAAGUCGAAGAACGAGAGAAUGGAAUGCUCGAGUGAGAGACAUUUGUUGGCUGCCGCAUAAAGUUGUACUGGCAUGGUGCAGUCAAUAGCGGUGCAUCAUGUAAGUUUGUCAAGAAUGGAGAAAGACUCUUUAUCCUCA